ACCAGAGGGGCCCGAGCGGCGGCUGCGGAGCCGUAGCCGGAGCUGAGCGAGGGCGGCUGCGGUCCUGGCGGCGGCAGCGGCGGCAGCGGCGGCGCCGGGAGAAGAUGGUGGCGUUGGAGGUAGGAGCGGCUGGAGCGGAGCUUUAUUCCCAGGCUUGGCACCAACACUGUCAUUAGCGCCGCCUGCUCCUGCGGGCCCGCGAACCCAGCUGUCAGGCAAGCCGGGUGGAGCAAAAUGAGCGCGCAGUGAGCUGGCCCAGCCUCUCUCCCAGCUGUCCCCGACACCCACCAUGAACCACUUGGAGGGGGCCGCGGAGGUGGAGGUGAACGACGAGGCGCCCGGCGGGGAGGUGAAUGAGUCGGUGGAGGCCGACCUGGAGCGCCCCGAGGUGGAAGACGAGCAGCAGCACUAUGCGGGCCGCCCCGCGCGCGGGCGCGCCGUCGAGGACCUCGGCGCCCAGCCGGGGCCGCAGGAGGAGGAGGAGCGCGGGGAGUGCCUGGCGCGCUCCGCCAGCACGGAGAGCGGCUUCCACAACCACACGGACACGGCCGAGGGCGACGUGAUCGCGGCGGCCCGCGACGGCUACGACGCGGAGCGCGCGCAGGACCCCGAGGACGAGAGCGCCUACGCCGUGCAGUACCGGCCCGAGGCCGAGGAGUACACGGAGCAGGCGGAGGCCGAGCACGCCGAGGCCACGCACCGCCGCGCGCUGCCCAACCACCUGCACUUCCACUCGCUGGAGCACGAGGAAGCGAUGAACGCGGCCUACUCGGGCUACGUGUACACGCACCGGCUCUUCCACCGCAGCGAGGACGAGCCGUACGCCGAGCCCUACGCCGACUACGGGGGCCUCCAGGAGCACGUGUACGAGGAGAUAGGGGACGCGCCGGAGCUGGAGGCGCGCGACGGCCUGCGGCUGUACGAGCAGGAGCGCGACGAGGCGGCCGCGUACCGCCAGGAGGCCCUGGGCGCGCGGCUGCAUCACUAUGAUGAGCGCUCCGACGGCGAGUCCGACAGCCCCGAAAAGGAGGCCGAGUUCGCGCCCUACCCGCGCAUGGACAGCUACGAGCAGGAGGAGGACAUCGACCAGAUCGUGGCUGAGGUCAAGCAGAGCAUGAGCUCCCAGAGCCUGGACAAGGCGGCUGAGGACAUGCCCGAGGCCGAACAGGACCUGGAGCGCCCCUCCACGCCCGGUGGGGUCCGCCCCAGCAGCCCCGGGCUGCAGGUGCCGGCGGGGCAGCAGCGGGCAGCGGGCACCACCGGCGGCGGCGAGGCGGUGCAGCGGUACAGCAAAGAGAAGAGGGAUGCCAUCUCGCUGGCCAUCAAGGACAUCAAGGAGGCCAUCGAAGAGGUGAAAACCAGGACCGUCCGUUCGCCUUACACCCCCGACGAGCCCAAAGAGCCCAUCUGGGUCAUGCGUCAGGACAUUAGCCCCACCAGGGAUUGCGACGACCAGAGGCCGGGGGAUGGAGAUUCUCCAUCGCCCGGCAGUUCCUCGCCCCUGGGCGCAGAGUCUUCGAGUACACCCCUUCACCCCAGUGACCCCGCGGAAGCCUCCACGAACAAAGAGUCAAGAAAAAGCUUGGCUUCAUUCCCAACCUACGUUGAAGUUCCCGGACCGUGUGACCCCGAAGACUUAAUCGAUGGAAUCAUUUUUGCUGCCAAUUACCUUGGCUCCACCCAGCUGCUCUCAGACAAAACUCCCUCCAAAAACGUGCGCAUGAUGCAGGCCCAGGAAGCUGUGAGCAGGAUCAAGAUGGCCCAGAAAUUAGCCAAAAGCAGGAAGAAGGCUCCUGAAGGCGAGUCUCAGCCAAUGACUGAAGUGGAUCUCUUCAUUUCUACACAGAGAAUCAAAGUGUUGAAUGCUGACACACAGGAGACAAUGAUGGACCACCCUCUGAGGACCAUUUCCUACAUUGCAGACAUUGGGAAUAUUGUUGUGCUGAUGGCCCGCAGGCGGAUGCCUCGCUCGAACUCCCAGGAGAACGUGGAAGCCUCCCACCCAUCCCAGGACGGGAAAAGGCAGUACAAGAUGAUCUGCCACGUCUUCGAGUCUGAGGACGCCCAGCUGAUCGCACAGUCCAUAGGGCAGGCAUUUAGCGUGGCAUACCAGGAAUUCCUCAGGGCCAACGGCAUUAACCCCGAAGAUCUCAGCCAGAAGGAGUAUAGCGACCUGCUCAACACCCAGGACAUGUACAACGACGACCUAAUCCACUUCUCCAAGUCGGAAAACUGCAAAGAUGUCUUCAUAGAGAAGCAGAAGGGAGAGAUCCUCGGUGUGGUGAUCGUGGAGUCUGGCUGGGGGUCCAUCUUGCCAACCGUGAUCAUAGCCAACAUGAUGCAUGGUGGGCCUGCUGAGAAAUCAGGGAAGCUGAACAUCGGGGACCAGAUCAUGUCCAUCAAUGGCACCAGCCUGGUGGGCCUGCCUCUGUCCACCUGCCAGAGCAUUAUUAAGGGCUUGAAGAAUCAGGCCCGGGUAAAGCUGAAUAUCGUGAGAUGUCCUCCGGUGACCACCGUGUUGAUCAGGAGACCAGACCUUCGCUACCAGCUGGGUUUCAGCGUCCAGAAUGGAAUUAUCUGCAGCCUCAUGCGAGGGGGAAUAGCCGAGAGAGGAGGCGUCCGCGUGGGACAUAGGAUCAUUGAAAUCAACGGACAGAGCGUGGUGGCCACCCCCCACGAGAAGAUUGUCCACAUCCUCUCCAACGCUGUGGGGGAGAUUCACAUGAAGACGAUGCCGGCUGCCAUGUACCGACUGCUGACGGCCCAGGAGCAGCCCGUUUACAUCUGAGGCCACCCCCACCGCCUGGCGGCAUGCAUGGAGGACUCACCUCACCCGUGGUUGUGUUUCUCGUGCUGCAUCUGUGCGCCCACUGAGACCUCUCCCUCUCGUGCCCAGCAUUCUGUCUCACACAGGAAGGAGAGAAUCCGCAAAGACCUCUUUAGUCUCUGUCUGUCUUCAGUUUGCAUUUUUAUUUUUAAUACCUGGGAAAUUUUGUAUGUACUCCCUUGAGGAUAGAGAGCGGCCAGUAUCCACCUGGUGUCUGCCCAGGACUUGACUGUCCUGAGGGGUCCGCAGGACGGCCCGAGGAGGGCUGUCACUGCCCACGGGGGAACCUUCCCUUCCCAAGAGGUACAGACCUCUUAGAAGGAGCUCCCAGGGGCAGCAAAGAAGCUGUUUCAGCAGUGCCUACAAUUCAAUCACUGAUCUCUGCUCUCCUCGAGUCAAUGUGUGGGAAUAUGGUAGUAGUGGGGGACCAGCCCGUGUCUUUAUGGAUGUGCCCUCCCCACCCUGUACUUGGGGCACCGUACAUUAUUUCCGCCCAGAAUUCCUGAGCCAACCUUAGGCUUCUCCCCUAGCUAGUUUUAGUUUCGGCAUAAUUGUGUUUUCUAAUAGGAGCCUCGUCCCACACGGAGGCAAGCGGAACUGCUUUGGACAAAGAUGCCAUCCCAUUGUGGGCCAUCCCUGGGCCAUCUGUAGCUUCCCCAGCUUGUCCUGAGGUUACAAACCGCGAGGUAAAACAUGGGCAGGUGCAUUCUGCCUCCCUCUGGAUCACACUUGCUUAUGGACACUUAGACUAACCUGCAUAUAGAUCACCCUCCCCUCCUGCCACGCAGAGCCCCUGGAAAACCCACACCACCUCUCUGCAAGGCCCCUUCCCCUGGCAGGUGAGACCUGCAGGGGCUGAUCAGCCCUGUCCUGAGAGAGGCCCUUCUGUGAGCAAGGCCUGGCCCUGGGCUCAGCGUUUUCUCCUAGUGACCUUCCCGCCCCUGUCCCCCCCCCUUCCCCACACAGGGAGUCUGGGAAGGCUCUGCUCCCCUGGAAGACGAGGAUGUGGGUACAGCCAUGUUACACUUCCUGUUCCCAGGCAGGACCUGCUUUCCUUUCUGCUCAGGGCCACUAGGUGGGAUGUGACAUUGGAAAGGCUAGAAGAGUACAUAAACCGCAACACUAAGGGGACAUUGAUGACCUCAAGAUACGCCUCAGAAUCCCCAAAUGUGUUCCAGAAACAUCAUCUUGCUGCCUCAUGAGUGUGAGAGUUUAACCAGUGUGGAAUGUUCCAUGUUUUUAUCAGGUGCCUCAUGUUUAUGGGUUCUGUCUCAGUUCAGUGCAGAAAUUUUAGUGACAUCAUCCUGAGCCAGUUCUUACUUAUUCUUGGUCCAAAGAGCAUUUUGUUUUCAUGUGGAUGUGGUGUAGCUUGGUUUGGUUUUUGUUUUGUUUCAUUCAUGACCUCAGCAGAGACAGGGAAGAGAAACUAUUUUAUAAUAUUAAUAAUAGCCCCUGUUCUCUGCAUCUGGGAUAUUUAUGUUGUGUGUGUGGAAAUAGGAAUGCAGUGAACACAUGUUGGGUAGUGUGUAAUUAUCGGUUGCAUGGAUGGAUUUGGCAAGGGGGGGCGGGGCGAGAAAAGUGAAUAUAAAGUGGAACAGGAGACUUACAUCAGAGAGCUGUGUGCAGUCAGUUCCCCUGGGAUCUCUGUGCGUUCUGAGUUUUCUGUUUAGAGUCAGGAACACUGAAGCUUUCAAAGGUGUCAGCGGCUGAUCUCUCAGUGUGUGGUACAACAAGCCCUGUGGAAGAAGGGCCACACUGUCCCCCGACAUGGUUUCUGGGAAAGGGCCGCCUCUUCUCCAGGGGAGCCAGGUGGGCAGUCAGAAACCAUGGCUCCAGGUUCUCCAUUUAUCAAAUUGUAGUGUCUGAUAACAUAGAUAGUCGUACGUUCAUCAUUCCUCUGUCAAAAAGAGAGAGGAAAACAGGAAUGCAGUGGGAUUGGGGGUAUUUCAGGCAUCGGGAGCCUCGGGGAAUGAUCAGAAGGCUUGUGCCUGUGUGUCCCCAGGUAAGCUCUCAGGCUGCUGGCCCAAAGCUCCUGCUCAGAGGCCCGCCCAUGACUGGCCAGGGACGGGGACGCCGCCAGCAUUCUCUGUGCAGCCUCCCAAGUCAUUACAAUGCAGGGUCUUCCCCCAGUGGGGAGAGGAGAGAAUACAUUUUCCAGUGUUCCUGCGCAAAAAUCUUAGUUUGACAGGUGCUGAAAAAGCCAGUUUGAUAAGCUGUCUGAGAAGACUCACAUAUUUUAGCGGAAGAGAAAGACUAUGUAUCCACCACAGACCCUCGCGUUGGUAAAGGUGGCCCCUCCCACCCAGAUAGCACCUGUUGCUGGAGCUCGGUACAAGGUCACCAGGAUGAAGUGUAUUCUUUUCCCUCUGCUCCCAUUGGAUGGAGGAAGUUCAUCUCCCUUUGGUUCACCAAGGAGGUCGAAUCUUAAACGUCAGUAACUCCGUUUCUGCAAGUCCCAUGGGAAGUGGUAGUCAACAUCCCUUGAUAUCCCACUAUGUAUCGUUAUGUAUGUAAAUAUCUGAAUACCCCUGUAGUGGGGAAGGCUGUCUACAGAGCAUCCCAAACACGGCCCUGGCAGAAAGCCACUCUGGCCACUCAGCUAGGAGAUGCUGGUUAUUCAGUUUUUGGCACAGGUUCCCAGAUUCAUCUGCCCGCUCCUGGUCCAGCGAGGAGGCACCAGGACCCAGCCCACCUCUGCCUUCUCAGAUUCGAACAUUUCAGGGAGCCACCGCCAGCCUCAGGUUCCCGAGAGGAAGAAACCCCCAGAGACGGAUGCCUGGAGCCCCGUCCCCUCACCAGAGCAGGCUCUGUGGGGCUUGGGGCCCAUCCUGGGGCUGGACUCCAAGGCCCAACAGACGGCCCUGCUUUUUGAACAUCACCCAUCCUCACUGGCCUCAGAGGGUCCCAGAGUAACCUACUACCUCCCCCAUUGCUCCUGUCACCCCCAGGCCCCUAUCCGCAGGCUGGUGAAACCCAUCCAUGAGCCCUUCGUGGGUCCCUCAACCUAGGGGUGUGGCUGUUACCAAUGUUUACAACCGAGGGCCCCUCCCCUUCGCUCUGUUUACUCGCCCACUUACGAGGCCACUUGUUGGUUUGAGUUUGUGUUUGUCUGCUCCUUUCCUGGUUUGGCCGACUUGAACUCACACACGACCCGAGUCUCCAUCCCCCUCCGUCAGGGCAGCGCGGGAAGACGGUGGGAAGGAAGUUUGUAGUACAUAUUCAGCAGCCCCGACAGUAAGAACUUGUACUAUUGGUCUGUAAAGAGAGUGAAAUAGAGCUUAUUGUAAAGCGUUGGGAGACGUAUUGUAUUUGUAACAAUAUCGUUCUUUGUACACACAAAACUCAAUGAUCUCUCUCUAUAAAUAUAAAUAAAUAUAUAUAUAAAGUAUAUACACACGUGAGCCUGGAAUGUGGACGCUGCCCACCCACUGAAUGUACUUCCUCUGGCAGU